AUGGAUUGCAGUAAGUUAAAAGGUAUGUUGAAUAUAGAUCUUGAUUCAAGCAAUUUUCAUGAAUUUCCCUAUCUUAAUAAAUAUUUAGAACGGCCAAUGCAAAGUUUCACACCAGCACAAAAGAAAUUCCAACGUGAAAUGUUAGAUGCACAUAAUAAUAAUCGAUCUCAUCAUUGUACUAAAUCACUUCAACUUGAUGAUCGUCUUAGUCGUUCAGCUCAAGAUUAUGCUCAACGACUUGCUAAUUUAAACAAAAUGGUUCACAGUGGUACUAAAGGUCUUGGUGAAAAUCUUUAUAUGAUGAGUAGUUCGGAUAAAAUAGCCAAUGUCAAUGGAUCUAAAGUAACUGGUGCAUGGUAUGAUGAGAUUAAAGAGUACAAUUAUACUCAACCAAGUUUUUCAAUGAAAACAGGUCAUUUUACGCAAGUCGUUUGGAAAGAUUCACAAAGACUUGGUGUGGGUUUUGCAUUUAGUAAUGGAGGUCGAUCAUUAUUUAUUGUUGCGCAAUAUGAACCUCCAGGAAAUGUUCUAGGUGCUUUUGACAAAAAUGUUUUACCACAAAAGUGUUAA